AUGGAUAUAUCUAAGUUGUCCGCUAAUGAAAAGCUAAGCGUCUGCAAGAAAUAUUUCUAUAUUGGUCUAUGUUGUUUACCACUGGUUUGGCUAACUAACAUUGUUUGGUUCUUCUCUGAAGCUUUCUGCAACCCGCCUACCCCUGAAAGAAAAGAAAUCAAAAGAUAUUUAUGGUUGAGUGGUAUGGGAGUUACAUGUUGGACAUUCGCUAUCGUCGCUUGGGAGCUGUAUUUCCAGAGUUAUCGAUCUUUGGGCUUGCCUUGGAGUGAUUUCCUAACAUUCGUUUAUCCAAAAGGACGGGUUUGA